UUACACUGGGAGCCUGGAUUUUUUUUUUUUUUUUUUUUUUUUUUUUGGUGUGUGUGUGUCAGGCUGUUGGGCAGGAACGGAUUCUAGUGUGAUAGCUUGGAGCUACCCUUCUGUUCCGGUGCCGGUAACUGCUCGUCGGGAAGAUGGUACAGGGGGAGCCUGUCUCCGAAGAGCCGAGGAAGACGAUGUGGAAACGGAGUAGAGAUUGCUAGAAAUCGGGACAUCCACACCUUGGGGAUGGGAUGUACAACUAGUGUGAUUCUCUUCAAAGGCAUCCGCACGGUUUUUGAGAGAAACUGUGCGUACAUGUGCAAGCAGCAAGGAGAGAAUAAUGCCCUUGAAUAUUCAGCAUACAGUUGGACAAAGGAAGAUUCAGAACUAUUGAUCUCCUCCUGCCUGGCCAAGCCGAAGCUGAUUGAGCCACUGGACUAUGAAAAUGUCAUUGUGCAGAAGAAGACGCAGAUCCUGAAUGACUGCUUGAGGGAGUUGCUCCUCUUCCCCUAUGAUGACUUCCAGACAGCCAUCUUGAGGCGGCAGGGUCGGUACAUCUGCUCCACAGUUCCUGCAAACGCAGAGGAGGAAGCGCAGAGCCUGUUUGUGACCGAGUGCAUCAAAACCUACAACUCUGACUGGCACCUGGUGACCUAUAAAUAUGAAGAUUACUCAGGAGAGUUUCGACAGCUUCCAAACAAAGUGGCCAGGUUGGAUAAGCUUCCAGUUCACGUCUACGAAGUUGACGAGGAAGUCGACAAGGAUGAGGAUGCUGCUUCCCUCGGCUCUCAGAAGGGUGGGAUCACCAAGCACGGGUGGCUCUACAAAGGCAACAUGAACAGUGCCAUCAGCGUGACCAUGAGGUCAUUUAAGAGGCGGUUUUUCCACCUGAUACAACUUGGUGACGGAUCCUACAAUUUGAAUUUUUAUAAAGAUGAAAAGAUCUCCAAGGAACCAAAAGGAUCAAUAUUUCUGGAUUCCUGCAUGGGUGUGGUUCAGAACAACAAGGUCAGACGGUUUGCUUUUGAGCUCAAGAUGCAGGACAAAAGCAGCUACCUCUUGGCGGCAGACAGCGAGGUGGAGAUGGAGGAGUGGAUCACGGUCUUGAACAAGAUCCUGCAGCUCAACUUUGAAGCAGCCAUGCAAGAGAAACGAAACGGGGACGCUCAUGAAGAUGAUGAACAAAGCAAGUUGGAAGGUCCCGGUUCCGGUUUAGACAGCUACCUGCCUGAACUUGCCAAGAGUGCCAGAGAAGCAGAAAUCAAACUGAAAAGUGAAAGCCGAGUCCAGCUGUUUUACUUGGACCCAGAUGCCCAGAAGCUUGACUUCUCAUCCGCUGAGCCAGAAGUGAAGCCAUUUGAAGAAAAGUUUGGGAAAAGAAUUCUUGUCAAGUGCAACGAUUUGUCGUUCAAUUUGCAGUGCUGUGUUGCUGAAAACGAGGAAGGACCCACAACAAAUGUGGAGCCUUUCUUUGUUACUCUGUCCCUGUUUGACAUAAAAUACAACCGAAAGAUUUCUGCCGAUUUCCACGUGGACCUGAACCAUUUCUCGGUGCGGCAGAUGCUGGCCCCCACGUCUCCACCUCUGAUGAACGGCAGCCAGAGCCCGCCUCCCCUUCAGGACAUCCUCCACGCCGCAGCAAUGCAGUAUCCAAAGCAGGGAAUAUUUUCAGUCACGUGUCCCCAUCCAGAUAUAUUUCUUGUGGCCAGAAUUGAGAAGGUUCUCCAAGGGAGCAUCACACACUGCGCAGAGCCCUAUAUGAAGAGUUCCGAUUCUUCCAAGGUUGCCCAAAAAGUACUGAAGAAUGCCAAGCAGGCAUGCCAAAGGCUAGGGCAGUAUAGAAUGCCAUUUGCUUGGGCAGCAAGGACGUUGUUUAAGGACACAUCCGGGAACCUUGACAGAAAUGCCAGGUUUUCUGCAGUCUACAGGCAAGAUAGCAACAAGCUAUCCAACGAGGACGUGCUCAAGCUGCUUGCAGACUUUCGGAAACCUGAGAAAAUGUCUAAACUUCCAGUGAUUCUAGGCAACUUGGACAUUACAAUUGAUAACGUUUCCUCAGACUUCCCCAAUUAUGUUAAUUCAUCCUACAUUCCCAUGAAGCAGUUUGAAACCUGUCCGAAAAUCCCAAUCACGUUUGAAGUAGAGGAAUUUGUUCCCUGUAUACCCAGACACACUCAGCCUUACACAGUGUACAACAAUCACCUGUACGUUUACCCUAAGUACUUGAAGUAUGACAGUCAGAAGACGUUUGCCAAGGCAAGGAAUAUUGCUAUUUGCAUUGAGUUCAAAGACUCAGACGAGGAGGACUCCCAGCCCCUGAAGUGCAUUUACGGCAGACCCGGCGGCCCAGUGUUCACAAGAAGCGCCUUCGCUGCGGUCUUACACCAUCACCAGAACCCAGAAUUUUAUGACGAGAUUAAGCUGGAGUUGCCCCCCCAGCUGCAUGAAAAGCACCACUUGCUGUUCACGUUCUUCCACGUCAGCUGUGAUAACUCCAGCAAAGGCAGUACCAAAAAGAAGGACGUUGUGGAGACCCAAGUUGGAUACUCCUGGCUUCCUCUCCUGAAGGAUGGAAGGGUAGUGACUAAUGAGCAGCACAUCCCUGUUUCGGCGAAUCUUCCCGCUGGCUACCUUGGCUACCAGGAGCUUGGCAUGGGCAGGCAUUAUGGUCCAGAAAUUAAAUGGGUAGAUGGAGGCAAACCCCUGUUGAAAAUUUCCACUCAUCUGGUUUCUACAGUCUACACGCAGGAUCAGCAUUUGCAUAACUUUUUCCAGUAUUGUCAGAAAACCGAAUCUGGAGCCCAAGCCUUAGGGAAUGAACUUGUAAAAUACCUUAAGAGUCUCCAUGCGAUGGAAGGCCACGUGAUGAUUGCCUUCCUGCCCACCAUCCUAAACCAGCUGUUUCGGGUCCUCACCAGAGCCACCCAGGAGGAAGUGGCAGUUAAUGUGACUCGGGUCAUUAUUCAUGUGGUUGCCCAGUGCCAUGAGGAAGGAUUGGAGAGCCACUUGAGGUCAUAUGUUAAGUACGCCUAUAAGGCGGAGCCGUACGUCGCCUCUGAAUAUAAGACGGUGCAUGAGGAGCUGACCAAAUCCAUGACCACCAUCCUCAAGCCUUCUGCGGACUUCCUCACCAGCAACAAACUACUGAAGUACUCCUGGUUUUUCUUUGAUGUGCUGAUAAAAUCCAUGGCUCAGCAUUUGAUAGAAAAUGCCAAAGUUAAGUUACUGAGGAACCAGAGGUUCCCAGCAUCUUAUCACCACGCAGUGGAAACCCUCGUGAACAUGCUGAUGCCACACGUCACUCAGAAGUUUCGAGAUAACCCAGAGGCGUCUAAGAAUGCCAAUCACAGCCUGGCUGUGUUCAUCAAGAGAUGUUUCACCUUCAUGGACCGGGGCUUCGUCUUCAAGCAGAUCAACAAUUACAUCAGCUGUUUUGCUCCUGGAGACCCCAAGACCCUCUUUGAAUACAAGUUUGAAUUUCUCCGUGUGGUGUGCAGCCAUGAACACUACAUUCCUUUGAACUUACCAAUGCCAUUUGCAAGAGGAAGGGUUCAAAGAUACCAAGACCUCCAGCUUGACUACUCCCUAACGGACGAGUUCUGCCGAAACCACUUCUUGGUGGGACUGUUACUGAGAGAGGUGGGCUCCGCUCUCCAGGAAUUCCGGGAGGUCCGCGUGAUCGCCAUCAGUGUGCUCAAAAACCUGCUGAUCAAGCACUCUUUUGAUGACAGAUACGCCACAAGGACCCACCAGGCGAGGAUAGCCACUCUCUACCUGCCCCUGUUCGGUCUGCUUAUUGAAAAUGUCCAGCGGAUCAACGUGAGGGACGUGUCGCCCUUCCCUGUGAACCCAGGCAGCAUCAUGAAGGAUGAGCCUCUCUCCAUGCCGGCUGGGAACCCACUCGUGACCCCGCAGAAAGGAAACACACUCGACCACAGCCUACAUAAGGACCUCCUGGGCGCCAUCUCUGGCAUCGCAUCUCCAUAUACAGCUUCAACCCCCAACAUCAACAGUGUGAGAAAUGCUGACUCCAGAGGCUCUCUCAUCAGCACAGAUUCGGGAAACAGCCUUCCAGAAAGGAACAGUGAGAAGAGCAAUUCCCUGGACAAGCACCAGCAGAGCGGCACUUUGGGGAAUUCUGUGGUUCGCUGUGACAAACUGGACCAGUCUGAGAUUAAGAGUCUGCUGAUGUGUUUCCUGUACAUCUUAAAAAGCAUGUCUGACGAUGCUCUGUUCACAUACUGGAACAAGGCUUCGACGUCUGAACUGAUGGAUUUUUUUACAAUAUCCGAGGUCUGCUUACACCAGUUCCAGUACAUGGGGAAGCGAUACAUCGCCAGAACAGGAAUGGUGCAUGCCAGAUUACAGCAGCUGGGCAGCCUGGAUAACCCUGUCACUUUUAACCACAGCUACGGCUACUCGGACGCGGAUGUGCUGCACCAGGCGCUGCUGGAAGCCAACAUUGCUACUGAGGUGUGCCUCACGGCUCUGGACACGCUUUCUCUGUUUACACUGGCUUUCAAGAACCAGCUCUUGGCUGACCAUGGACACAAUCCUCUCAUGAAGAAAGUGUUUGAUGUCUACCUGUGUUUUCUUCAAAAGAACCAGUCAGAAACGGCUUUGAAGAACGUCUUCACUGCCUUACGGUCCUUCAUCUACAAGUUCCCGUGCGCCUUCUACGAGGGGAGAGCCGACGCGUGCGCCGCGCUGUGCUACGAGCUCCUCAAGUGCUGCGACUCCAAGCUGAGCUCCGUCCGCACCGAGGCGUCCCGGCUGCUCUACUUCCUCAUGAGGAACAACUUCGACUACACCGGGAAGAAGUCCUUCGUCCGGACACACCUACAAGUCAUCAUUUCUGUCAGCCAGCUGAUUGCAGAUGUGGUUGGCAUCGGGGGAACCCGAUUCCAGCAGUCCUUGUCCAUCAUCAACAACUGCGCCAACAGCGACCGGCUCAUCAAGCACACCUGCUUCUCGUCCGACGUGAAAGAUUUAACCAAGAGGAUCCGCACCGUCUUGAUGGCCACAGCCCAGAUGAAGGAGCACGAGAAAGACCCCGAGAUGCUGGUGGACCUCCAGUACAGCCUGGCCAAGUCCUACGCCAGCACCCCCGAACUGAGGAAGACCUGGCUCGAUAGCAUGGCCAGGAUCCACGUCAAGAACGGGGACCUCUCAGAGGCUGCAAUGUGCUACGUCCACGUGACGGCCUUGGUGGCUGAGUACCUCACGCGGAAGGAAGCUGAGCUAGCCCUCCGGCGGGAGCCACCUCUCUACCCCUCCAGCCAUAGCACCUGCCAGCGGAGGAGCCGGGGAGGCAUGUUGAGACAGGGGUGCACAGCCUUCAGGGUCAUCACCCCGAACAUCGAUGAGGAAGCCUCCAUGAUGGAAGACGUUGGCAUGCAGGAUGUCCACUUCAACGAGGACGUGCUGAUGGAACUGCUGGAGCUGUGCGCAGACGGGCUUUGGAAGGCGGAGCGCUACGAGCUGAUCGCCGACAUCUAUAAACUCAUCAUCCCCAUUUAUGAGAAGCGGAGGGAUUUUGAGAGAUUGGCCCAUCUGUAUGACACAUUGCAUCGGGCAUACAGCAAAGUGACCGAGGUCAUGCAUUCAGGCCGCAGGCUCCUGGGGACCUACUUCCGGGUGGCCUUCUUCGGACAGGCGGCGCAAUACCAGUUUACAGACAGUGAAACAGAUGUGGAGGGGUUCUUUGAAGAUGAGGAUGGGAAGGAAUAUAUUUACAAAGAACCCAAGCUCACACCUCUGUCGGAAAUUUCUCAGAGACUCCUUAAACUUUACUCAGAUAAAUUUGGUUCAGAAAACGUCAAAAUGAUACAGGAUUCUGGCAAGGUCAACCCCAAGGACCUGGAUUCUAAGUAUGCCUACAUCCAGGUGACUCAUGUGACCCCAUUCUUUGACGAAAAGGAACUGCAAGAGAGAAGAACGGAGUUUGAAAGAUCUCACAACAUCCGCCGCUUCAUGUUCGAAAUGCCGUUCACGCAGGCUGGCAAGAGGCAGGGCGGGGUGGAGGAGCAGUGCAAAAGGCGGACCGUCCUGACAGCGAUACACUGCUUCCCCUACGUGAAGAAGCGCAUCCCAGUCAUGUACCAACACCACACCGACCUCAACCCCAUCGAAGUGGCUAUCGACGAGAUGAGCAACAAGGUGGCCGAGCUCCGGCAGCUGUGCUCCUCGGCCGAGGUGGACAUGAUCAAACUGCAGCUCAAGCUCCAGGGCAGCGUGAGCGUGCAGGUCAACGCUGGUCCUCUGGCAUACGCUCGGGCCUUCUUAGAUGACACGAACACAAAAAGAUACCCUGACAAUAAAGUAAAGCUGUUGAAGGAAGUGUUCAGGCAAUUUGUGGAAGCUUGUGGUCAAGCCCUAGCAGUAAAUGAGCGUCUGAUUAAAGAAGACCAGUUAGAAUAUCAAGAGGAAAUGAAAACCAACUACCGGGAGAUGGUCAAGGAACUCUCUGAAAUUAUGCACGAGCAGAUCUGUCCCCUGGAGGAGAAGACGAGCGUUUUACCGAGUUCCUUGCACGUCUUCAAUGCCAUCAGCGGGACUCCAGCAAGCACAGUGGUUCAAGGGUUAACCAGCUCGUCAUCCAUUGUGUGAUUUCGUCGCAUGAGCCACAUGUGGGGACUUGCUUUGUCAUUUGCAAACUCAGGAUGACUUCCAAAGUUAAUCACUGGGAAGGCCGAGCACAAGGAGAAGCCAUGGGGAAUGGGAGAGAAAGGGAUCGAGGACUGGUGUUUCGUAGCAGAGUUUCUAUCAGAGUUGGAAGGAGAGAGCACAUAUUUUUUUAAAUCUCACUGGCAAUAUUCAGUUUUCUUCUUGUCUUAGCAGGCGUGUGUGAUGGACACUGCUAAGCCGGAGUUCAAUUUCAUUCUUCUUUAUAGAGUAAUAGUAAAGAAAAAAUAAAAAGUGUCAUGGAAUGUAAGAAGCAGCGGCAAUAAAACGCUGAGGUCGGGGACCUUCUGCCUCUGGGCUUAGCUGGAAAAAUCUUGAAAAUAUCAUUAUUAUUAUUAUUAUUAUUUUUCCUGUGGCACAUUCAGGUUGAAUAUGAGAACUAUUUUUGUGACUAGUUUUUGAUGACCCAAGGGGAUUGACUGUUGUAAUUUUUGUACCGGUGGAUGAGGCAGUCUAAUGCUUUUGGACUCAUGCCUUGUGUUGAAAACAUAGGAAAGCAUAAGAGACUAUAUGUGAGCUUAAAACUAGUCAAAUAGUAGAACCAAAGGCCUAUAUUAACAAACACAACUGUGCUAAAAAAGUAAAAUGUAGUACCGCGUAUCACCGUGUACAUACAGUUUGUUAAUACAGCCAGGCAUUGUGUACAUACAUGUAUUGCAUUCCUACAUUUUUAAUACACCCGCUUCCACGUUCGGAUUGAUUGUGACACAUUCGUGCUGUUCCUGGUAUAUGCAAUACUUCUGACUUGACUGUUUUAUUCUUGUACAUAGGAAGUGCAAUAUGGAGGUGUAUACAGUCUUUGCUAUGUUAGGUUUAUAAACUAUUAAAAUGUUCAUCCUUUUGCCAAAAUGGUGGAGUGUGUGAUUGGUAAGCCAGAAAUCCUGUGGUGAAUGGGGGGUAUAAUUUAAAGUUUUUGCCAUGUUAUAUUUUCUUUGAAGACAUUCAUUUAGUAAUUUUAUAUUUGGGGAAAAUAAAGGUUUUUAAUUUUAUUUAACUGGAAUCACUGCCCUGCUGUAAUUAGACAUUCUGUAUCACAUCUGUAUUAAAAAAAAUAACAUUGCUGAUUUUCUGGUAA